UGCCCAGUAGGCGGCCACUUUUAGCCCCGGGCCACCUUGGCCUCGUCCGCGACCCUCCCUUGCUGUUGACAACCUGGCGCAACCAAAAAAAAAGCGUACGAGUCCAGCUCUGCGCUGCCAUCAAUUUGCAUACUCGCACAACAUCUCCUUCGUCGUGCAACGUCGACUCAAUCAGAGACACACCCUGGUUGCCUGUCCAAUCUAUUCAAAUCCGUCACUGCGCUUGAAUUGCGUUGUCACGGACCCAUUCACCCUUUCGACCUCGACGCCAUCGCCAGCGCAUCACCAGCGCACCACGCAUCAAUCUCGAUCAGCCCCUCGACCGAAUAAAGUUCGCUGCAGCCGUUAAAAGGUGACCUGAUUCCAGGCCGCCUUCCGGAUCCCCGCCAAAGUGGCUUCCAGCACACCUGGGGUGGCAUCCUCUGCUGGUGCCUUGCAGAACCUUUCCGCAUAUCUCGCCGGUACUAUUGGCCAGCUCUCCGCUGUUGUUAACGACUCGAACGAGUACAUCUCCCAGACCCUUGGAGUUCCCCCUAGCGUCGUUUACGGAAGUGUCGCUGCUUUAGUAGCCGUUCCUUUGACAAUGUCUCGCUACGGUUGGUCGCUCCAUCGAGAAGGCAGCUCGCCUUACACAUCGAUGCGGGGUGGUGUACCUACAGUCACAGAGGAUGACUUUAGCUACAUUACUUCCCAAGAUCUAGACGAUGUGCGCCACAGCCGCAGAACUCACCGCGACGAGAGUGACGACGUCCUGAUCAUCAAAAACCAAGGUGUUACAUACCCGGCCCACUUCCCACCUUACGCUAUUGGAGAUGGCAAACUGCUCGUCAAGGAUGUAAAGCAUAGAAUUGGACUACUGAUGGGUCUCUCGGAUAGACGAACCCAUCGUAUCAAGUUGCUCUACAAAGGCAGACAGCUUAAAGAUCCUGAGGCCACUGUCCGUGAGUACGGUAUUAAGAAUAAGAGCGAACUCAUGGCCGUUGUUCCCGAGGAGGAGCGCCUAGCGCCUGCAGAUCUUGACGAUACCAUCAUCGUCAGCGAAGAGGAAACGAGAGCGCAAAAGCGCAAGAAUAAGAAGAAGAGCCAUAACAAGAAGAAGAAGGAGAGCCGUGACUCAGCUAGCAACACGUCUACCAUCAGCUCCCCUCGAUCUCCACAGCCCUCGCCGGCCCAGCCUUCCGGACCAUUUGAAGUUCUCGAUAGCCUUCGCAACAAAUACCUUGUGGAGUGGCUGCCAUUGUGCGAAGAAUACUUGGCUGCACCGCCAGCAGACCCUAAGAAGCGAGAGGAGGAGCACCGCAAGCUGUCGGAAUCUAUUAUGGCACAAAUUAUUCUGAAGCUAGAUGCCGUGGAGACUGGCGGCAACGAAGAGAUUCGCAACAAGAGAAGAGCCAUUGUAAAAGAGGUUGAGGCUACACUACGACAACUGGACAGCGCCAAGGCAUCAUAGAAGAGAGGAAGAUUACAGACCUACAGACCAAAUAUAUAGACAAAUUUGUUCUUUAUCAAUGCAAUGUUUUGGAGCCAAAUAUACAGAAAGUCGAGAUAUAUAAUGCAAAACUUUCGAGACAGCGAACCCGGCCCAAAUACGGCUAUUGCUACUUAGCCUCACCUGAUGUCAUAUAGCCAUUGUCGCCUAACGUCUACAUCCCCAUACUUAUUUUAGUUCCCGGAUCCAUAGAUCGCAGGUUCAAGAAGUAUGUCAUUGCUUAUCGGCAAGAUCACGUGCUGAUUGUGCUGCGAAAUUCUCCACAUUAGUCAGCUCAACCUCUCCGCGUAGUAGGUUCCAUGCCCUAAAAUGUUCGCUCGGCGUAGCCCUUGGUGCACUGACGAAUUAGGCUUAGUGGCUUACCUCGCACACAGGAAAAAUAAUCGCUGCGCACCUUGUGGGCAGCGCUGGGGCAAACCACCUGAUUUGACUUUUAG